GCCGCCGAAGAGGAAAGACGGGGCCGUCUGUACCGACUUGCUGCAGCGGCACCACCUCCUAUUCUUUCCUGACUAAUCGGACAGCUACCUUAUAUUGUUGACUCGUGUUCUGAUGACUGCCUGAACUUCCAGCGCUUAAUCUUCGUAAAUCGAAUGAAAUGGGUAAUUGCUUAAAAAUAAGAACUUCAGAUGACAUUUCACUUUUACGCGGCAAUGACAGUGCUAACGGGCAAAUCAGCGGGGCACAGCCAAUGUAUCAUGGCGAGCAUUAUCAACGAGAAUUUUACCCUUCCACGUCGGCUCCGGCAACGCGGCCAUCUUCUAAUAUUCGUCAACUUUCCGAUGAAAAUCAAGUCAAAAUUGCAAAGCGUAUUGGAUUAAUGCAGUACUUGCCGAUAGGAACAUACGACGGGUGCUCGAAAAAAGAACGAGAAUGUGUUAUUUGCAUGGCUGAAUUUUCUAUUAAUGAAGCUGUGCGUUAUCUUCCUUGCAUGCAUAUUUAUCAUGUUAAUUGUAUAGAUGAUUGGUUAUUGAGAAGUCUUACUUGUCCCAGUUGCUUAGAGCCUGUUGACGCUGCUUUACUGACGAGUUAUGAUUCGACAUAGCGUUAUAAAAAUAAUAAUUUUGCCUCUGUAAUGUGUUUUGGGAUAACAAAAAAACUUUAGCUUACCAGGUAUAAAUUAUUAUUUUAUUUAAAUUGAAUUCAUUAAUAUAUUCAUUUGUUAUUGCUUUAUUAUCGAAACGUGUUAUAAUAUUUAAUUCGUUUUAAACUAAAAUAAAAUUAUAUAUAAAUGCAAGCUCAAGAAUUUAAAAGCUAAAUUAGUUUGUGUACAUAUCUAAAUGGUUUUACCAAUAAUAAUGCGAUAAUGGGUAU